UGCUCUAUAGUUUUGACAGUCAAAGAAUAAUAAAAUAAUUAUUCAUUCAUUACAGGUUGUCUGUUUUUAUAAAUCUUCCCCAUUUCAUUUCACUUCAUUAGCAUAUAAAUACACAAUGAACUAUGAAUCUAUAAUACAGACAAUAGAUUUAAAUCAAAUAUCUAAAAUUACUUUUCUUCAGAUUGAGCAAGUUACUUGUAUGGAAUGUUGUAAAUAUUAUAUAGUACCAACUACAGCUAUAUGUGGUCAUACAUUAUGUCAUACAUGCUGGCAUGGAAGACAAACUUGUCCCGUCUUGUCAUGUGGGUCUAAGAUUGACCGCAAAACUUUAAGACUCAACUUAGUACUACAAAAUCUGACAGAACAUGUACAUCAUCUAGCCAAUGCUGUCCAAGAUCUUUUUAAGUUCAAAUUGGAUGACUAUUUGCAUAGUACAGGAGGUGAAUUACUCAAUGUGAAAGAUCCCAAAAAGAAUGUCCAAGAUUGGUUAGCCAGUUCCCAAAAUCAUUUCUCAGCUCCAGUAAGUUCACAAAACUCCCUACAAGAAGUGAAUGCAGCUCAAAAAGUAAUUGUCACUGAUAUUCAGGUUCAUACAAACAGUAAAAAAAACCCAAGUACAACCAAUACAAUAUUUGUACCAGUAGAACAAAAAGAUUGGGACAAAAUUGAAGAAUUACCUGAUUCUGAGGAUAUAUUAAAUAAAGAUAAAGAGAACAUUAUUGGUCCCAUGGAUAUAGAGACCUAUAAUUUUAUGCCAAAUGAUGACAAUAUAGCAUAUUCUACAGACAAUCCAAGAAGAAGUUCCCGGAAAAAAGAUAAGGAAUGUAAUAGUGUAAAAAGUUCCAAAUUGGCCAAGCCCAAUAAAAAUAAUAAAAACUGGAAAAAUGUGAGAAAAAUGAAAAAAGAAUUCAGUAAGUUAAAUACGUUAAACAAAAACAAAUUAAAUGUCUCAAUUGAAAUGUGCAAAAAAGUCAAGAGCAAUAAUUUAAUAAAUAAAAUAACACCCCAAUCUAAUAAAAAAAAUGUUUGUAAUAGUAAUGAUGAUUCUGGAAAUGAUACAAUUGAAAAUGAUAAAAAAUUUGAGAAAAGCAAUAGUCCCAUGCAGACAGAUGAUAAAAUAGAAAUCAAUAUAGGAAAUAUCAAUCCUACUACAGAACUUAUCAACAGUUUAGAAAAAAACACAACUGAUCAUGAAAAUGAUAAAUCUAGGAAUAAAAAAAAUUAUGCAGAGCUUUUAACAAGAUCUGUUACUGAAAAGGAAACAUGUAAAAAGCCAAAUGUAUGCUUUUUCAAAAAGAAUAUUUUGAUUGGUACAGACAUUAAAAAUACAAUUCCUGUAAAUGUAUCAGAGAAUGAAAAAUUGGAAACAUAUGAUACUGAAGAUAUUGAAAUUACUAUAAAAAUAGGAAGUACUUUAACUAAUAUAUGCAUAAAAAAGAAAGAAAAUGAUGUACAGUUGAAAAUUAAUUCAGACAGAGAAAUACAAACAUCAGUAGAUAAACAAAGUAAUAAGAUAUCUGUUUCUACUUCACCUAUAAAAGGUAUAUAUGAGAAAAAUUCCACACAAAAUGAUAAAUGUGCACAAGUUAUUUCUUUGAAUCCAAAUAGUAAAGAGGGAAAUAUACCUGUAUCCCAAAAAUUAUCUCAAAAAAGUAAAAAAAAUACAGCAUCAGCAGAUACUGCUUCUGCAAAUAUGGAAAUUACUGAGAGUAUUGAAAGAGAACUAUCAACUGUGAUGGAAAAUAUUCAAGAAACAUCAGAAAAUAGAUCAUCCAUUGUAUCAAAAGCUAAAACUUUAGUUAAAGACCAUAAUGCUAAAGAUGUUGUGCCUAAUGAUGACGAAUUAAAUGAUUUAGAUAUAUUUGAUAGUGAAUCUGUCAAGGAGGGUAAUGUUCAAUCCCUAAAGGCUUUAGGCCAUGUUCCAUCUACAAUUCUAACAAGUAAUUUCAAUAAAUUAAGAACACAGAAAAACACAACUAAAAGAGAUAGGGAUGCAGGUGAUAUUGAUCAACCUUGCAGCAAAAAAACUAAAACAAAAAAUUCUCAAUUAACUCAACAAAAACAAGCUACUCAAAAAUCACACAAUGACAGUGAGCUUGGGAAUUAUGAUGAAAUUAUGAGCCAAGUAUUUGCUAAUAUUGAUGCAGAUAUGAAAAAUUUGCAUAAAAGCAAAGAUAAUGCCAAUGUAUCAAAUGCACAGCAAAAUAUUUCGCAAGCUUCAAUUAAUAAGCGUUUUUUACAGUCACAGAACAAAAAUGAUGAUAAAGGGCAAGGUAAUAUAGUGACGGAAAAAUAUAGCGAAAGUAUAUUUACCCUUAUGGAAAAAGAUAUUGAGGAUAUAGAUUUAAAAGAACCUACACAAUCUAAAGAUGAAACAAUUAUUGAUAAAAAUAAAUCAAAUGAUGAUCCAAAAAAAUUAUUAGAGGACCAUGAUAUGGAAAUUAUAGAAUUAAGCACACCACAACAUAAAGAUGAUGGUUCUGAUGAAAGUGUUGUGGAUGAAACACCACAGAAAAACAAUUCAUAUACAAAAAAACAUGCUGAUCUGAUUGUAAACAAAGAUAAAGCAUUAAAAUUGAAUCAAUAUGGUAAAUCUGGUGCCUCAAAGAAUGACAAAAAAUUGGAUGAAUCUCAGGGAAUUAUUGACAUAACAAGUUUCUCAGGCACUGUGGGUGAUUCAACAAAGAAUAGUAAAAAUAUUACUGUGGUGGAACAGCCUAAAGGGGGGAUAAAUUUCACGCCCAUAUCUAUUAAUAAAUUUGUCGAUAAUAUUAAGCAUAACUCAACACCAGUGUCGCGAAAAUCACUUAACUUCAGUGAGAGUGUUGAUAUUGAUAUAGACAAAACUUUGUGCCCAAGCAACUUUGUCGCUGCGAAAAAUACGCAAGAAAAAGAAAUCAUGAGCAAAGCUUUUGAACAAGAUGAUGUGAUGUCACAGAAUAUCAUGGCAAAUAACAGGAAGAAUCAGAAAUAUUAUAUAGCUGGAUCUUGCUUGAGUUUAUCUGAAAAAACAAAAGUUAAACAGUUGUGUGCACAGAGGAAUUGGAUCUUUAUGGAAAAAUAUACGAAGGAAUUAACACAUCUUAUUGUUAGUGUCGAUGAAGAAAAAAAGGCGCAACGUUCAGCCAAAUUCAUGUGUGCAUUAGCAGCAUCAAAAUGGAUUGUGGCAUAUGACUGGGUAGAGAAGUGUUUGCAAACCAACCAGAUUGUUGAUGAGGAACCAUACGAGGCGUUAGAUAUUACAGGGGAGCCGGGCCCGAAACGUUCUCGACUCACGAAGCAAAAACUUUUUAACGGCAUCAAGUUCUUUUGUAUGCCGCCGUUUGGAGUUCUCGAUGUAGACACGCUCAAGGAGAUAUUGGAAUCCGCGGGUGGUACGGUGGUGAACCAAGCGAAGGCGGUAGAAGUGACGUCAUCACCCGCACUGCUGUUGGCCGAGCCAGAGUCUACGCAGGAAGAUCGAUUUAUAUAUCUUGCAAUGGAACUGUGUAUCGUGCCAGUGAACUAUGAGUGGGUGCUGAAUUGCCUCGGCAGCUACACUCUGUGCUCCAUUCACGAGUUAUUAUUGUGCCCCUCGUCCCUUCUACCGCCCGCUACAUCAAAAUGGCCGACAGCAUUGAUUACCCGGGAAAAUGAUUCGCUGAUUGAAUAAUGAUUAUAAUUUAUUGUAUAGUAUGCAGAUGAUAUAUAAUAAUAAAUAUAUUUUUAUUA